AUGGCACAGUGCCCCAAAAACGAAUACUUUGAUAAUUUGCUGCUCUCUUGUACACCUUGUCAUCUUCGAUGUUCUAGCACACCACCGCCUUCAUGUGAAAACUACUGUGAGAAGCGUGCUGAUUCCGGUGGAGUUCUUUGGAUUUGUUUGGGCUUAGGAGUAAUUUUAAUGCUCACUCUGUUCAUCUUAAUGGUCUUAUUUAAAUGGAAGCACCUAAAGCAACUAAAAGAAAAACUGAAAAACACAGACUCUUCUGUGGUGCCAAAUAAUAUUCUCAAGGCUAAUGCUGAAAGCAGUGUGAAUACAGAAGGAAUUAGACAUUCACUUCAAAGUGAAACAUUGAUGUAUUCAGUGGAAGAGUGCACUUGCAGUGACUGUGGCUUGGGAAAACCUCAGACUGUCUGUGAAACUUCAUUUCCAUUACCAGCUACAGAAGAAGGAGCUACUGCUCUAGUUACCACAAAAUCGUUUGAUUAUUGCAACUAUAUUCUGGGUGCUGGGUGA